CGGCGUGCACUCAUCCACUGCUCUGCUCAGUAAUCGUGGGUUUGCUAAGCUCCCCUUUCAGGGUGAAGAUGACUCACUGUAAUCUGACCAUCACGGAGGAGGUGCGGAUGUUCCAGAUUGUGACGGCCAUCCCAACGUUUGUCCUUGGUGUCCUGGUCAACGCUGCGGUACUGGUGCUCUUCUGCCGGCAGUGGCGGAACUGCAGCGACAUGAUGGUGUACCUGACCAACCUGGCGCUGGCCGACAGCUGCGUCCUGGUCUCGCUGCCCUUCAGGAUGUACUCGUACCUCAACCCCUGGCCCUUCUCCGUCAGCUCCUGCCUGGUCUUCGUCUCCACCUACUUCGUCAACAUGUACGUCAGCAUCUUCACCACUGUGGCCAUCAGCGUUGUCCGCUACGUGGCCGUUAAGUACCCCAUCAGGGCGCGGGCGGUUAAGUCCCCAUGGAAGGCGCUGGUGGUGUGUGUGGGCAUCUGGGUGGUCAUCGGCUCCCUGAGCGCCACGUUCCACUCAGUAGACGCUCCGCCAGUGAACUCGUCCGGUUUCAGAUGCUUCCAGAAGAACUCGGAACGGCCGCUGCCCCUCUCCUUCAUCCUGACGCUGGUGUUGGUGGGCUACGCGGUGCCGUUCGUCAUCAUCGCAUACUGCUCGGUGACGGUGAUCCGCACCCUCGCCAGGAGGAUGGACCGUGGUGGUGCACGGAAGAGCCAGUCAGUGCGCAUCAUCAUCGCUAGCCUCGCCAUCUUCAUCGUCUGCUUCUCGCCGCUCCACUUCGGCUACCUGCUCAAGUUCCUGAGCGAGACCUACUCACACAACUGCGGUCUGCAGCAGGCUGCCCACUCGUUUGUCCACGUGGCCAACAGCCUGGCGUCCACCAACUGCUUCCUGGACGCCUUCAUCUACUACUUCCUGGCCCGUGGCAGCUGGGGGUCUCUGAAGGAUGCGUGCUGUGGCACCCAGCACACGAAGAAGGUCAACACGAUAAUCUCUUGCAAUCAAUCAAUCCGGCUAUCUACCUACAGAUGACCAAGGCCUAGGGCAAGAUAUCAGAGGAAUCUCUGCUCCCAGACCUCACUCCCUCUGACCCAGGUGCAGGGAGAGUCCACCCACACAAGCCCAGGUGCAGGGAGACUCCACCCACACUAUCCCAGGUGUAGGGAGACUCCACCCCCUCUGACCCAUGUGCAGGGAGACUCCACCCACACUAGCCCAGGUGCAGGGAGACUCCACCCCCUCUGACCCAUGUGCAGGGAGACUCCACCCACACUAUCCCAGGUGUAGGGAGACUCCACCCCCUCUGACCCAUGUGCAGGGAGACUCCACCCACACUAGCCCAGGUGCAGGGAGACUCCACCCACACUAUCCCAGGUGCAGGGAGACUCCACCCAGUGUGUAGGUACGGCAUGUUUGUAUUGUAAGUAGGGCUGUCAAAAUUAACACGUUAAUCACUGCGAUUCGUUUUGAAAUACAUAACGUGUUACAAAAUAUUAACGCAAUUAACACAUUUUGUUUACAUACUUCCCUUGUGGGGGGCUGAUGUCACAUAAUGGAAGCCACAAUACCUGAAUCCGUAAGCCUGAGAGUUUAUUUGAAUGUCUAUGAGUUUGCUGAAUAUAGAGAGGAAACGUGAGGAGUUUAAAAAGUUGCCUGAUGUUAAAAGCACAGUGAUCAGUGUUGCUGUGCAUAGGGCACCAAGCGGCAGAGGAGGGACCAACAUUUAGCCAAUAAAUAAUAGCUUUACUGCAAACUGUUUUUCACUCUUGUAAGAGAAUGUUUACAUUGUCAAAAUGCACCAACAGCAUGUUACAUGGAGAUGAUACUUUUCGAGUCCUCUCCAUUAUGAUCCAACUUAAACGUUAUGCUACUCCAUUCAAUUGGGAACGCAUCUGAGCACGCACAAUAGGGAGAGAGAGCCAGCGUAAAAAGGCAAUCAUGAAGGCAACAAAGACGAGGUUAGAGGGGAUUGCGGAGUUGUUACCAGGUUCAAACUACUGACUAAACUGAGAGCCAGGGCACUUUGCACUCACUAUGAUUUGGCAAAUGGACAAGAAUAUGAAGAAAGAGUUUGUCUUUGCCUUUGUGUAAUGGAACUGGUGAGUCCUGA